AUGCCUUGGGAUGCGAUCAAGCUGAAUGAUGGAACCGAGAUUCCGAGUAUCGCGUUCGGAACGUGGAAGCUCGGAAAUGGUCAGACUACAAUCGACAGGGUCAACCAAGCUCUCGAAGUCGGCUUCACGCAUAUCGACUCUGCGCAGGUAUACAGGAAUGAGAAGGAGGCUGGUGCUGCCUUGAGGGCAAGCGGGCUCAAGCGCGGAGACGUCUACAUCACGACGAAGUACUCUGGUCGGGCGGACAUCGAGACCUCUAUUCGCAACAGCUGCGACUUCCUGGGCGUUGAGUACGUCGAUCUCUACCUCAUUCAUGGCCCUGAUCUUGCCGUCCCCGACAUCCCGACUAUGUGGGCCAAGAUGGAGAAGAUCAAGGAAGGCGGGCUUGCCAAGAGCAUCGGAGUGAGCAACUUCAACGUGCAAGAACUGCGUACCCUGCUCGCAUCCGCGAGGAUCAAACCUGUCGCGAACCAGAUUCUCUUCCACCCCUACGUCCUUGCUCACCAAGCGCCCAUUGUCGCGUUCGGCAUGAGACACGGCAUAGUGUCAGAGGCUUAUAGAGUCCUAAUCCCGAUCACACGUCGUUCUGGAGGACCGCUCGACGCACCUCUCCGUGGCAUCUGCCAGCGCCUUGGUGCAGAACCUGAACAUGUACUCCUCGCGUGGGCAAAGGCCAAGGGCGUUGUUAUUGUCACAUCGAGUACGAAGAAGGAGCGGCUACAAGGCUAUCUCAAAGCUGGCGACCUCGGUAUGUCCUAG